AUGGGGAGGAAUGAGCUUGGGAUUUCGCAUCUUUUUUAUGCCGACGAUGUGCUUAUUUUUACAAAUGGGCACCCACAAUCGGUUACCUCUCUUAAGGAGAUUAUCAAUAAAUAUGAGCGGUCAUCAAGACAGAAGACAAAUAUGACAAAAAGUGGACUCUAUCUGGGCAAAGGGGCGACUGCUUUUAAAGUUCAAGUGGAAGGCAUUUUGGGAAUCAAAACCAAGGAUUUUCCGAUCAUCUAUUUGGGAGUUCCAGUUUCGGUGGGACGUAACAAGGCGGUUGAUUAUGAAUUUUUAGUUAGUAAGAUCCGUAUGAAACUUGAGGGUUGGAAAACACGAUUACUCUCUUUUGGCGGGAAAAUUACAUUGAUUAAAUCCGUCUUAGCUAGUGUUCCAGUAUACACACUCGCAUGCUCUUACGUUCCAAAAUCCGUUCUUAAUCGUAUUGAACAGCUCAUGGCCAUGUUCUUAUGGAGCUCUCGUGGAGCUGCGCGAUUUCAUUGGGUCAAGUGGGGCAAGAUAUGCAAACCAGUUGAAGAAGGCUUAGAUCGGCUAGAGGAACUCUUACAGUACAUUCCUCCGAGCCUUCAAAAAGGUGUACAACAUGUGGUUCUUCGCCCAGACAAGGAUGACGAGUUGAUUUGUACUGUUUCCAGUUCUGGGGAGUUUUAUGCGAAAGAUUAUUGGGAACUUCUUGCAGUUACAGGAGGGCGUCACCAGUGGGCAGAGAGGUUGUGGCAGCCAUAUAUCCCUUUUAAUUCGUCGGCCUUCUUAUGGAAAGGAUCCCACCACGCUCUCCCAGUGGAUGACCGCAUAAUUCAAAAAGGAAUCCCCAUUGCUUCGAAAUGUAACUGUUGUCUAGUGCCUCGUUCGGAAUCCAUACAACAUUUGUUACUUUCCUCAGAUUGUGCCACUAAGGUGUGGAGUCACUUCUCGCAUAUUUUUCACACUCCUUGGAACAAGAACUCUAUUGUGCUCAGCUUGCUGUUAUGGUCUUACCAAACGAAGGACUAUAACUCGUUUGCGGCAAUUAAAUUGUCGACGUGCGUAUUAAUUAUGCAUGGGAUAUGGAAAGCCCGGUGUAGCGCUCGGUUUGACGAAGAAAUUAUAAAUCCUUUAUCGAUUAUUCGGAGAAUUAUGCAUCAAUUGGGAUUGGUGGCGAUGCAGCUAAAACCAAAAAAGAAGAACUCCCCGCUCCAAGAUAACAUUCUUCAAAGUUUGAGGCUGCCGAGUGCUCCUGUGCGCGAACCGGUUCGCCGGUGGUUCCGGUGGGAGAAGCCUCCGUUAGGUCUUUAUAAGUUGAAUGUGGACGGGUCGUCUAAGGAGGGGUUGUGUGCGGGUGGAGGAAUAAUCCGAGAUGGUCACGGGAGAUUAGUGGCCGCUUUUUCUUCCUUUUAUGGCCAUGGUUCGAAUAAUAAAGGUGAAUUGUCGGCUCUCUUAGAUGGAUUACAGGUCUGUCAAGCCUUGCGGCUGAGUAAUGUUAUUAUCGAGAGUGAUUCUGUGAUUGUAGUCAAUGCUAUACAGGGGAGAUCGUCAAUUAGUUGGGACCUUACAUAUAUGCUUCGCCAAUGUAGUGAAAUGCUUCCGUCGGGUUACUCAAUUACUCAUAUUGUUCGGCAAAAGAAUGUUGUGGCGGAUCGGCUCGCGGCUUGGGCAUACAAUCACAUGGGUUAUCAAGAUUUUUUUCAAACUAGGGAUCUUCCAAGCUCUGUUUGGGGUAUGUUUCGUUGCAAUCAGUUGGGUUUAUGGGAGUUACGAAAAUGA